AUGGCCGCAACGCCCGUCUCCGCAGCAGCCGUCCUGCUGUCCCUCCUCCCAUCAUGCCUCGCUCAAUCGGACACAGCAACGGCCAACUACAACCUGAUAGAUCCCUUCAUUGGCUCGGUCAAUGGCGGCAAUGUCUUUGUGGGAGCCACUCUGCCUUUUGGGAUGGCUAAGGCCGUGGCCGACGUAUCCGGCCAGAACACGGCCGGUUGGUCCUACGACUUCAGCAACGUGACGGGCUUCUCCGCCCAGCAUGAUGCCGGCACGGGUGGACAACCAUCUCAGGGCCAAUUUCCCAUCUCAGUUCAGCCAUCAUGUGCUGGCGAUGUCCUCGAUGGUUGCCACUACGGCUCCAAAUACGAACGCGCGGUCGACUACAGGAACGGCACCCCAAAAGCUCAACCUGGCUACUUCUCGCUGGGCCUUAACAAUGGCGUCAAUGUUGAGAUGACAACCGCGCAGCAUACCGCGCUCUACAACUUCCACAUUGGUCCGAACGGCUCCAGCCCGCUUUUCCUUCUCGACUUGACAGACCUCCAAGACAGCAGACAGAAUGCUUCCAUCACCGUCGACCCGCAGACCGGGAGGAUGAAAGGCAAUGGAACUUUCCUGCCCAGCUUUGGAGUAGGCUCAUAUCAAUCGUACUUUUGUGUGGAUUUCAAUGGUGCCUCUGUACGUGACACCGGAGUCUGGGUGAACAGUAGAGGAGGUACUGAGCCAAAGGAGCUGUUCGUCAAUCGCGGGUACAGCUUGUUCUAUAUCCAAGCGGGAGGCCUGGUCCGCUUUCAUGACCCUUCGAAUGGCAUAGUCCAAGCUCGUAUGGGCGUGAGCUUCCUGAGCACAGAACAAGCUUGCCAGAGCGCCGAGCAGGAAAUCCCGGAUUGGGACUUCGCACGAGUAAAGACAGAUGCGCAGAAUGCGUGGAAGGAGAGCAUCCGCAACAUAUCCAUCCAACCUGGUGGCGCCUCGGAAGCUCUGCAGAAGACCUUCUUCUCCGGCGUAUACAGGACAAUGAUAUCCCCCCAGAAUUACACGGGCGAAAAUCCUCUCUGGACGAGCAGCGAGCCAUACUUCGACAGCUUCUAUUGUAUAUGGGACAGCUUUCGUACUACUUUCCCCUUCUUGACCAUCACGCAGCCAGAGGCCUUGUCUCAGAUGAUCCGGAGCUUGAUCGAUACUCAAGUCCAUCUAGGUUGGCUACCGGACUGUCGUAUGCAACUGUCCAAGGGCUACACUCAAGGCGGGUCAAAUGCUGAUGUUGUUCUCGGCGAUGGAUAUCUGAAGAAGGUGCCCGGAGUCGAUUGGAAAGCGGCAUACAAGGCUGUAGUCAACGAUGCCGAGAAUGAAGUAUGUAUCCGGCAAAUCUUAUAUCGCUUUCUGAUACUGAUAUUGCUAGCCAUUCGACUGGGGCGUUGAAGGGCGCGGUGGUCUGCAAAGCUGGAAACAAGUAGGCUAUGUCCCCGUGAAUGACUACGACUACCUUGGGUUCGGACCCGAUUUCCACAGCAUCAGCCGAACAUUGGAAUACGCCUACGACGACUUCACGAUCGCCCUGAUGGCUCGGGAUCUCGGCGAGGAAAGCGAUUACGAAAAGUAUCUCGAGCGUAGCGCCAACUGGCUGAACAUUUACAAGGCCGACCAAACAUCUUCCUGGCCCAAUGGUACCGCAACCGGCAACUUCACCGGUUUCUUUCAGCCGAGAUAUUUCAAUGGAACGUGGAGAUAUCAGAAUCCAAUUGAGUGUUCACCGCUUGAUACCAUCUUCUGUUCGUAUUCGAGCAAUCCACGGGAGACGUUUGAAUCGUCCAUCUGGGAGUACCAGUUCUAUGUUCCUCAGGAUGAAGCUCGUCUCGUGCGCACUCUCGGCGGCCCCGAAACAUUCGUUCGAAGAUUGGACUAUCUGCACUCUUCCGGCCUUCUCGAUAUCGGGAAUGAGCCCUCCGAGCUCACAUGGUACGUUGCCCCUUCUUGCCAGCCCAUCGAUCUUCAAACUGACGUGGAUGGCAAUUCUAGUUUCCAGUAUCACUACGCCGGCCGCCCCGGCCGUUCUGCCUACCGCAUCCACACCUACAUCCCAUCCUCCUUCAACGACAGCAUCUCAGGCCUCGCCGGCAACGACGACUCCGGUGCUUCGGGCUCCUUCCUCGCCUUCGCCAUGUCCGGCCUCUUUCCCGUGGCCGGUCAAGACGUCUACCUCAUCCUGCCACCCUACUUCGAGAGCGUCAGCUACACCAGUCCCCUCACGGGCAACGUCGCCACGAUCAAGAAUGUAAAUUUCGACCCGAGCUAUACGAACAUCUACAUCCAGAGCGCGAAACUCAACGGGCAGGCGUAUUCUAAGAAUUGGAUCGGGCAUGCUUUCUUCCUCGAAGGGGGCGUCUUGGAGCUGACGCUCGGCGAUCGGGAGAGCGAGUGGGGCACGAGGGAGGAGGAUCUGCCGCCUAGUCUGAGUCCGCAUGGGGAGGAAUAUCACAUGUAAGCACGCGCAGCUUCUCAGGUAUAAUAAUAAUGUGAUGAGAAGAAUGGGCACAGAGGUGGCACACAGAGGAUGAAUAUCAUCUGCAGCUUGAAAGCGAGAAUCCUUCAGCUCACGAUUGAUUUGUCUAGGGUUCUCUGA